AUGGAGCUGCUGUCUAUCACCUGGUUUCAUCGCUACAGAGCCUCGUUACUACGUGAUGAAAGUACGUUGCGUCACGACGCCUGGCGUCGCAGAAAUCUUCGUGACCACUUGAUUGAAGUGAAUACUGACGAAGAACCCGCACUGUCGGCUGUGCUGUUUGAUAUGUGGGAGCCACGUGACGCAUUGAAUCUGGACUGGCACUGCGUUGUGGCCUACCCUUGUCGGUGUCUGAAGGUGGUGGUCGUGGUGUUGGAGUGCUCUUCUUCAUGA